UUGAACGUCAAACACAACCACAACAAUCGGCAAUGUGCAUUCGCUCGUAAACACCGACGGUGGCUCAGAAUCACGACAGAAUCAGCAGGCAGUUUGCGAUGGCCCUUCUGCACAAAAAAGCGUCCGAAAUCCCGAAGGAUGCCGUGCGUUUGAGCGAGGAGGAGGCAGUACAGUACUUCCUGAAGCUGGUGCAGAACUGGGAAAACCGGUCAGAAGUGUGGCCCAUCAUCUACACGCCCGGUGUGCUGGGCGCCGGUACGGUGUUUACCGGAUUCUACAUCAACAACUACUACCGGCGAGUGCUCAAGCUUGGCAGCUAUGGGCGGCUUUCAAGCUACCUGCCAGCGGUUGCGCUUCCUGCGAUUAUGGCCACCUUCUUCCACACAACGUUCGUGCUGCCGGAUAUAGUGCUCAACAAGGAGCCGUGCCCCGUUUGCCUGCAGACUCGAGCGGCCCUGCUGCAAACUGGCUUUGGGGUAGCAUACCCCAUGCUGCUGGUUCCGCUGUCGUCUUUCAUGUUUGCAACGCGGCAUUUUACCUACCGGCUACCAUCAAUCGUCGAGAAGCCGAAGGAGGUGCUGAAGCUGUACAGGAAACUGUCCGGACCGAUCAUGCUUCCCAUCACGCUGAUGCUCGCCUUCAGCACUGCACUGGCCAUCUUUCUUACCGGUAAAGAGUAUGAAACGGUGUACAAAGUAAACAUUCGCCUACUGCAGCUGGAACGGCAGCUGGAAGACGACGGUGUGGUUCCUAUUCAGUCGUAAAAAAAGAAAGUCAGCUGAUUUUAUGCUAGUGCCAGGGGGAAGAAAUACACUUUAGUUGUUUGUAGGUUCGUAGAAUGUAAUUUAAAUAAAACAAAUUGAUUCAGGAUAAUUA